UUCAACCUAAUGUGGAUUUUUAUAUAUAAUUUAGCAAAUCAAUAACUCACAAACAGUUUCAUGAGUCAACUAUCUACUAAAUAUCCGACACCUCAAAUAAUACUGUCAAAUACACUGAUUAUAUUAUCAUUAGUACCCCGACAAGUGUGCAUCAAGCGGUCCACAAUCCCAGGGGCAAGAUUUGGCGUGUUUUCCCGAAAUUGGAUCCGCCGAGGAACAGAAAUGGGUCCGUAUGCUGGAAGGCUGUGUGGAAAAAUAGACAACGGGGUCCACAAUAAAAACACCUGGGAGGUUUUUGACGAAAGGGGAGAGGUUGUGUUUUACGUGGACGGGGGUUCGGACUCGCAUCCAUCCAGCUGGUUAACCUGUGUUCAGUGUGCAAGAAACGACCGUGAACAGAACCUUGAACUUGUACAGAUAGAUCGACACAUCUUCUACAGAGCCAUGAAGGUACAAGAUGAUCUAAGUAUAAUCAAUGUAAAACCUCUUCCUAAAAUUACAUCAUUUAAUGUAGGCAUUUUCAGAUAUACUUGUCUUUUUCAGGAUAUCGCCCCUUGUGAGGAACUUUUGGUCUGGUACGGCCAUUCGAGCAUUUAUCACAUGGGUCUUCCCAUGACGUCACAACCCACAAGAAGUAUCAGCAAAAAUUCUAAAUGUGGCAAAGGUGAUCAACACCCAGAACAAACUUCGACCUUGAUUGAGGACGCGGAUAAACUGAAAUGUGUCUUAUGUAGGCGUGGCUUCAACUCCCGAAGUAAUCUCCGCUCGCACAUGCGCAUUCACACAAUGGAGAAACCAUUUACCUGCAAGUUCUGCAACAAAUGCUUCAGCCAAUCGUCAACUUUACGAAAUCACGUGAGAUUGCAUACAGGUGAGAAGCCGUAUAAAUGUUAUAUAUGCAGAAGUAGCUACUCACAGCUGGCGGGACUGAGGGCUCACCAGCGCAGUGCCCGACAUAACCCCUCCUCAUCUCACAUGGACAAUACCGUCAACUGAUGGAAUGAAAGCGGUUGUAAUAUUUUGUUAUAUGUGAUGGUUACUCAAGUUUUUGGUAACGAGACUUUGUAUACAUGUAUUGUUUAUCAAUUUCAUUUCAACGAAGAAUGCAUGGCUGCUGUUACAAGAUUAAAAUUUUCUGCCAAAUACCUUGAGAAUGUUAAUUCCUCCUACAGUGUUUGAUUGUUGUGCUAGUUGUACAAAGUUCGACUUUCUUGGGGAUCCGGGUUAGAAUAGGGCACCAGCUUUAAAGGGACUGAUUCACGAUUUUCCUCCAAAUUUUAUUUUUCACUUUAAAUGAUCAAAAUCUACAGUCUAAUAUGUUUAGAAGGUUUCACCAAAAAAAAUCAAGGUUAUUCAUCGUGACAGAAGCCCAUUUUAGAGAGUUUAUUAUUUGUUUUGAAAAUAAAGAUUGAGGUGUGUUAUUGUUUACGGGUUUUCAAAAUAAAUGGAUAUUGAUCCAAGUUUAUUAUGUAUAUCACAUCUUAAGUAUACUUCAGGUAAAAUGUGUCAUUUAAAAAUUAAAAUUUGUGAUUGUACAAAAUAAAGAUGCUUUAAAUUACAAAAUUAACGUUUCACUGGUUUGUUUGU